AUGGAUCCGAAUCUUUGGCCGUCGUACGUGCAAGGUGCUCCUCCUCUUUACCCUCCGAUGCAUCUCGUCGCGCCCUCCGCCCAUGCUUGGCCGCCGCCACCCUCAGAUCCCUCCUCCGCCGCGGCCCUUCUCCCCCGGCCUGAUUACGCCUCCUAUUCCGCUCACUCCGCCGUCUCCGCGUCGUCACGCUGUCCGGUCUGCGCCCAGCUGCACGCGCCGUUCUGCUCCGCCGAAUCCGCCGCCUCCACUCCCGUGCUGCCAGUUGCGCCCGCAACUAACCUCUGGGAUGCGACCACUACUGCCGCUGGCGCGUGGCCGGGCGCAGCAGAGGCUUCUUGGCAGCAGCAGGCGCAGGCGCAGGCGCAGGCGCAAGCGCAAGCGCAAGCGGCGCAACAGUACUGGGCGUCGGGAGAUGGCGUGCCCGGGUUUGAGGGCGCGGGCAGUGUGUCUGGACCUGGUCACUGGCAUGCGCCUAACUACCAUCUCCCUCCCCCCGCCUUUCCUUCCAACUCCCCCCCUCCCUCUCUUCCUCCCCUUCCCCCGUCGCAACCCCCCCCUCCGUCUCAUCCUCCCCUCCCCCCAUCGCAACCCCCCCCUCCCUCUCAUCCUCCCCUCCCCCCAUCACAACCCCCUCCCUCUCAUCCUCCGCUCCCCCCUUCACAACCCCUCCCUCCCUCUCAACCUCCCCUUCCCCCUCAUCCUCCCCCUCCGUCCAACCCCCCGCCUCCCUCAAAUCCUCCCCCGCCACUUCCGCCGUCAGCUCCGCUGUACGCGGAAGCGCAGCAGCCGUCCGCCAAUGGGUAUGCGGCGGAGGCUCAAGGCGGAGGGCCGGCGAUGGUUGCGGCGGGUGAUGCGGCGCAUCAGGCGGCGUGGAGCUGGCAGCAGGCGCCGCCCUUGCCGCCGCACAUGCAGCAGCAGGAGGCGCAGGAGGCGAUUGAGCCACGGUACUUUCAAGAACAGCAUGCCGGUCCGUACGUGCCGUACCCUGAGGCGCAUGCGGAGAGCCUUCCGCCGCAGCACGAGAGACAGCCGCUUUACCCUGCAGAGGCGCCGGGUGGCGGGGAGAGGCGGGAGCGCGAACGCUGGGAGGAAGCGCAGCGCCAGCAGCAGCAGCACCAGUUCCAGCAGCAGCAACACCAGCACCAGCAGUACAUGCAGCAGCACCAGCAGCAGCAGCAGCAGCAGCAGCAGCAUCAGCAACAGCAGCAGCAGCAUCAGCAACAGCAGCAACAGCGUCAGCAACAGCAGCAGCAGCAUCAGCAACAGCAGCAGCAGCAUCAGCAACAGCAGCAGCAGCAUCAGCAGCAACAGCAUCAGCAACAGCAGCAGCAGCAGCAGCAGCAGCAGCAGCAUCAGCAACAGCAACAGCAGCAGCAGCAGCAGCAGCAUCAGCAGCAGCAUCAGCAGCAGCAGCAACAGCAACAGCAGCAUCAGCAGCAGCAGCAGCAGCAGCAGCAGCAGCAGCAGCAGCAGCAGCAGCAGCAGCAGCAGCAGCAGCAGCAGCAGCAGCAGCAGCAGCAGCAGCAGCAGCAGCAGCAGCAGCAGCAGCAGCAGCAGCAGCAGCAGCAGCAGCAGCAGCAGCAGCAGCAGCAGCAGCAGCAGCAGCAGCAGCAGCAGCAGCAGCAGCAACAGCGGCAGCAGCAGCAGCGGCGGGGGGAUGAGACUAGGGCGCUGGAGAGAGGCAAGGGGCGAGAGUACAGGGGGCACAGGGAGGGACGAGGGCGAGACGGGGAGAGGGAGCGGGAUCGGGAGAGGGAACGGGCGCGGCUGUCCCCCCCAUCGAGAGGGCAGGGGGGCAGCAGUGCGAGGGGCGCAGCCCCCCCUGCAGCAGCGCCAACCAUGUCGCCCGUGGUGGACGCUUCCUGUAUCUUCAGGGAACCUGGACGCCUCAGACGGCCGGCAAGAUUUGUCAUUAUCCUCCGUGGCUUGCCAGGCAGUGGCAAGAGCCACUUGGCGCGCGCGCUGAGGGACGUGGAGGUGACGAACGGGGGGGCGGCGCCCAGGGUGUUUGCCCUGGAUGACUACUUCAUGCUGCACGAUGAUGAUGACGAUGAGGAUGAGCACGAGAGGGCAGCAGCGGCGCGCAGGCGGAGGGGAGGAGGCAAGGGCGGAGGGGAAGCUGCCAAGGGAGGGGGUGAGGCGCGGUACAAGUAUGAUGCGACACAGGAGGAGGUGCGAUGGACAGGGGAACCACUGUACCGGGCCAGCAUGCUGAGAGCGUACCGCAAGGCAUUGGAAGAGGGGCGCUUCUCCUUCAUCAUCGUGGAGGACCGCAACGUGCGUGUGUCGCAAUUCGAGCCCUUUUGGAAAGCUGGCAAGUGUGCGGGCUUUGAGGUGUACGUGGUGCAGCCAGCCGCGUCCACCCACCCCACGCUGUGUGCGGGGCGCAACACACACGGCUUCUCACUGCAGCAGGUGCAGGACAUGGCAGGGCAGUGGGAGGCGUUGCCACCGCAUAUGCUACUGCUUGAUGUUAAAUCGUUGUUCCAUGAAGACACUCUUGACGAUGCCUCCAUCACAGAGGUGGAGAUGGAUGCGGAGGAUGACGAGUUGCACAUGGAGCAGGAGGAGGCCGCCACUGCUGCCGCUGAGGAGGAGGAGAAACUCAAGCAGCAGCAGCAGCAGCAGACAGGGCAGGAUGGGGCGAAAGGUGCUUCGGGUGGUGCAGGUGGGGAGGGGCAGAGCAGUGCGGAGGGGCGGUGGACAGGUGAAGGGGGUGGCAACGGGGCAGGUGUGAAGAGAAGGCGGGAUGCUGGGGCUGCUGAUGCUGCUGCUGAUGACGAUGCUGAUGCUGAUGGGGAUGGGGAUAGUGACGAGGGGGACGAUGAUGAUGAGGAUGAUGAUGAUGAGGCGGGUGGGGGUGGAGGUGCGUUGGCGGGCCUUCUGGCCGCGUAUGGCAGUCAGAAGAAGCACAAGAAACACAAGAAGCAGGGGAUUUCACAGGGUGCCACAGCGGGCGGCAGCAAGAAUGGGGUGGCAGUGCGCGGCAUUCUCAAGGGGUCGAACGGCAGUGGUAAGAAGAAGGCUCUGCGAUGGGUGGACAGCCACGACCCCUCCCAGGAUGCGUGCUUCACCAUGGGUGCUGCCACGCCCCCCACACGUGCCUCGCUCCUCAUUGGCCCUGGUGCCGGCUACUCCCUCGCAACGAACCCUGUGCAAGCGGAGGAGGUGGAGGCGGUGAGCGGCGGGGCGAGUGGUGCGGGGGGGGGUUUCCAGAUAGUGGCGGACCACGCGGCACAGCAGGUGCUGUGGCGGCAGCAGCUGCGUGCAGAAGGAGAGCAGUUCCGUGCCAUCAUGCGCUCGCACCGCUCCCAGCGCCAUGGUGCUCAUGAUGAUGACUGA